AUGAAAAAUUCCAACAAUACUCCUGAUGUAACUGAAGACACUUCAAAUUCUGAUGAUACCUCUGAACAGACGGUCUUGCAAAAUAAGAAUGCUCCGGCAACUGAUGUAUCCAAUAAUGUUUCAAAUUCUGAUGAACCCAAUAAUGUCUUGACAUCUGAUAUAUCUGAUAAUGCUUUAAAUUCUGAUGUAUGUCUGGAAGAGACAAAGUCUGCAUCUCCUAUUCCUGCAGAAACCAUAUCAUUAGAAGAGAAGGAAGAAAAUGAAUUUCUAAAUUUGCGAUAUAAGGAACAGGGAAAUGAUCAGCAAAAAACAAUCACGAAUACUUCUUUAUUAACGGAGGAUCUUGACGAUUCUGAUGAAAUUGAGCUUACUAAAAAUCAAAAUAUAGAAUUAGAUUUAAUACGAGAUUUACGGAAUAGUAUGCUUAUUGUUACACCUGAUCCUAUAGAAACACCUCCCGAAGAUAUCAUGGAUAAUGGGCAGAACCCAGAUUCUUUGAAGGCUAUGUCGUUUAACGUUUCAGGUUCCUCCACCAGUGUUCCUGUCAUUCCUUCAUCUGAUCUUCCGACAAUUGAGGAAGUGAGAGAAUUUAAUGCCGAAGAACUUAAUGAAUUUUUGAAAGGGAGGUUAAACGGCAUUGAUAAUCACAUAGAUACCUUAACUGCUCAAGAAGUUGAUAGUUCAACAUUCCUUGAUUUUACCACGACAGACUUUGAAAGAUGGAGAAUACCAGGCAGUAGACCCGCUAAGAAACAAAAAUUAGGAAAUCUAUUGUUUACAAAUAUAUUAGAUGUGAUCCUUAAUCUUAGGAAAACACUCCCGGAAAGUUUACGAGAUGACAUCGAAACAAUGACAGAGGAACAGGAAAUAAAGCAGGAAGAGGUAACUUCAAAUCUAAUCCAGUACCUUGACCGAAAACCUCUUGCAGUAAUUCAGGAACAUGUGCUAUAUGUACAGAAAUCUUACGAGGAUCUAUAUCACAUAGUUACCAAUGAGAAUUGCCAUCCCAAGUUCCUCAUAUCUGGCACGUCAGGUGUCGGUAAAUUGUGUUUCUUGAUUUAUUUAUUAAUCCGGUUUUUGUGCAACAGAACCAAUGCCAUCGUCAUUUUUAAGGCUCGUGAUGAUAACUUUUUAUACUGUUUUGAGAAUUCUAAUAUCUUUGUUGGAUAUUUUGAAGAAUUUUCAGAGCGACUAUAUAAUCCUAAAACAUGGUACUUGGUGGAUGGUACAGUUCCCAAGAAUGUCUUAGCAAGAACAGUUGUUUCUGCAUCAUCAAAAAGUAUCAAAGACAGAGGAUUUCAAGAUGUCUUCCCAGAGGUGCCACAAGAUUUAAUGCUUGACCUUAGUAACGAAGCAGGUGGUGUGCCAAUAUACGUUCUUGAUAUGCCAGCAUUUAUUAUUCGUCUGGAAAAUAUGGACAAACAAACCAUUCUCAGUAAUCAGGAUGAGAUUAAGAAAGUGUCUUUAGAACGUGUUGAACAAGCUUUUAAGGAAAUUAUAGUCACCUUAUUCACUGGUGGCCUGACACUUUCUACUGAGAACAAUAUUACUCAUGGGCCUCUGGUCGUAUUUUUGACAAAAUCCAAAAAAAAACUGAAGGAUAGUAGAUGGAACAAUCUAUUUCUAAAAAUUCAAGAUUCUGAUGACCCUUCUAGCUCCAGGGGAAUUAUGUUUGAAUCACACGUACUUCACCUUUUUAAGCUUGGGGUCAAACUUUUGAAUCAAAAGACUUAA